AACCGGAACAGGUUUUUAGUUGUUUGCCACUUUAUUUGUACUGUUCACGUUACCUCGAGUCCAAGUUCAAGUGCUGCGCUGCGAUAAGGAACCAAUCCUAUAGGAACAAGCCCGUCGGCAUCGGCCAAACGACCGACAAAACUUCGAGGAAAGGAAAACAUCUCAGCAUGAGUUUUGCUAGUGUUUUGGCCCGGAAGGACCUGCCGGAUAUUAAGAGCCUCCUAGCGCGGACAUCAAGCACACGACCCUGACGAAAAGGGCCGCCCUUCGUGAGGCAGCUCGCUGUCUAAAGUGGGUAACCCAGUCGGAUUGACCUGUGAUAUGGUUUGCCCUUCCAGUGAUAUGUGCGUCGGUUGGUGUAAUCUGCUGGCAGCUGAAGAAGGUAUCAAUAAAUUAUCUCGUGAGGAGCGCAAUUUUUCACCGGGAGCCCCCGAGUACAGAAAACGUCAUCGAUCUGAGGGCCUGCUGGCGUUUACCGAUGGCAAAAAAAAUAGGAAAACUACGGAUUUAAUUCCAUGGGAUUCUACGCCGUUCAAAAGGAAAUUUCAUAUCAUUUCACCACAGCAGACCGCUUUUAGGCUCUCGAAAAAAAAUGUAUUGGCCGGAAGGGCUCGAAAUGCUGCUACCUCGAAAUUUACGGAGCCGGGAACCCAGCCCAAGUGUCCGGAGCCAAGAAGAAUCAACCUACGAGGAUCUAUCCGAGGACAGCGAUGGCAGCGAUCUGGCAACAUUUUUCAAUAAGAACCCAUCCUUCCUCAACAUUUUAUUAGCGUGCAUCGGAUAAGCAGGAAAAAUCCCUGACUGGAAAAACAAUCAUCGAAAGUAUCUGCUCGACGAGCCGAAAUCUUACGUAAUCGGACCACAUUCGGAUGGAAUUUCCGACUGGGCAUUGUUUUGCCUUUUUGAUACGAAAAAGUUGGCAGCCAUCUCAACGAAAAAGUUUGACAAGACGUCAUUCAAAGUUCCGGUGAAAAAGGUGGUGGAUGCUGCGCGAAGAGUUUCGCUAAAUUUAAAGAAAAAAGUGGCCAGUUGAGAGUGGAGCCUGUCUCAAAGUCCCAAUAAGGGAAACUCCGUGCUCCAUCGGGACAAGAGCAGGCAUCCCGGCUGAAAAAUCCGGCUAUCGCAAGAGCGGCUAGGCCAGAGCUCAGGACAACGGGACGGGUCAGCGGAAAAGCCAAACGUCCACACAGUGUCCGGUAAGUCUCGCCAAAAGCGGACAGGGGAAGGAAACUAAAAGUUCCUUGUUUUUCCCCCCAGAAUACUCAAGCCAAGUGCUCGCCCGGGCCACAGACACGCUCUGCAAAGAACCGAAAUAACGGAGAAGGGGUCGGAAGUCCGUAAGUAUCCAGCAAGCUCGAAAGAACCCCAGCAGAAAAUUAAUGAGACGGUUUAUCCCCAGGACCCCUUUUUUGGCAAAUUCUUCUUCUUUUGGCCAACUCUACAGGGCCUAGUAGGUGACAAAGCCUUCGCCACGUGGCCUCCACACCUUCCACACAUCAACCACCAUUCAUCUGGCGAGCCCAGCUGCACAACAUCCUCACCGGAACAGGCUGCACAGCUACAAGGGCCGCAUUCAAGAUUCCGGUCACUUCCGUCUCGCUACUUCAGUGGCGACGAAUUCCGGGAAACAGCAGCCGAAUUCGAGCGGGUUCAUUCGCCGCUCAAGUGGCGGAAUCGCGGUUAUUCAGCCUGCCGAAUCCAAGCGCAGCAGAUCGCUGAACGUGAGGUAAGAAUCCCGCUAAGUCUGCCGAAUCCGAUCACCGCAUCCGUGGUGGAAGUCCGGCAAUUCAGCGACCGAAUCUGAAGGAAUCCCGAACGCCGCACCAGUGGCGUGAGAUCCGGUGGAACCUCCGCCGAAACUAAGCGCUUCAGGUCGCCGCACCAGUGGCGAGUAAGCCCGGAGACGAUUGCCGAAUUCACCUGCCAUCGAUCGUCGAUCCGGUGGAAAAUCGCGGCGAAUCGGUGCGAUUAGGAUCGCUCGUCAUCGCCGCAUCCGAGACGAGGAUCAUCUGGUGGGACAGCAGCCAAUCGGGUUCGCUUUCGUCGCCGCACUAGUGGCGAAAGAAUACCGGCGGUAUUGCAGCCGAACCGAAGCGAAUUUCGUCGCUGCGGCAGGGGCCAACAUUGACGCCGCACUGGUGGCGUAGAAAUCCCGACGAAUCAGGGCCAAAUUCAUUCGCUUUCGUCGCCGCACCGGUGGCGAAGUAUCCUGGGGCACUGCUGCCGAGCAGGACCGAAUUUUAUCGCCGCGACAGGGGCCAACAUCGACGCCGCACUGGUGGCGAAGAAAUCUCGGCGAACCAGGGCCAAAUCCAUUCGCUUUCGUCGCCGCACCGGUGGCGAAGAAUCCUGGGGCACUGCUGCCGAGCAGGACCAAGUUUUAUCGCCGCAGCAGGGGCAAGCAUUUGGUGGCACAGCCGCCGAUAAGUUUCGCUCGUCGUCGCCGCACCAGUGGCGAAAGAAUCCUGGGGUACCGCGGUCGAUCCGGACCGAAGUUCCUUGGCUCAUCAGGGGCGAACAUCCGCCGAAUCCGAGGGCGUUCAAUCGUCGCAUAGUGGCGAAUAUCCGGUGGGCCGCGUCAGGGGCAAAUAGUCGGCAGCACAGCCGCCGCAUCUGUGGCGAGAAUCCCGGUGGACAGGUGCCGAAUCAGAGGGCAGCAGAUCGCCGCACCCGUGGCGAAAUCUCGGUGGCACAGCCGCCGAAUUCGUUGGUAGCGCGUCGCCGCCUCGGUGGCGAAUAUCCGGAGGAACAGCUGACAAUCCGGGCCGAAUUCCAUCGCCGCAUCAGGGGCGAACAUCCGGCGCACUGGUUCCGAGUCCGUGCAUAGCAGAUAGCCACACCGAGGCGGGAGAUCUUGGUGGUUCCGGCGCCGAAUUCGUUCGCCAGUGACCGCCGCGCCAGCGGCAGAAAUCCGGUGGCAAAACCGUCAAGUCGGACCAAAUUCUGAUCGCCGCAGCAGGCGAAGAACAAUCGGUGCAUCAGCCGCCGAAACCGACUGUCUUCGAUCGCCGCAUCCGUGUACAGCAAAACGCCGCACCCGAGGCGGGAGCAAUUUAGGCCGAGGAGGAAGCACAUUGGAAGCUUGUGAAAAGAGUGAGUACACGCUAUUUUGGGGAUAAUGGGAGGGAUGAGUUACAAAAAUGUUGCCCAAUACACGCAAAAUUAUCUCUCGCAAUUUCGCAAUCUUAAUUCUUUUAUUUGUGGCACCGACCACAAUCAGCCUUCGUCACAAAUGGCGCCCAACUAAAUCGAACCGCAUUAUUUUGUUCGAUAAUUUUGAAUAUCAUUAGUAUUUAUAUGAAAUGAUAUUAUUAUGAUUAAAACAGUUGAUUUGCGAAAGCAACUGUUAGGCUUAUUUUGAUUUUUGCUCAAGUUUUUGUAUCGUAUCAAGUUGUUAUUUUUAAUCUGUAAGUCCACUGAAAAUAUCUGGUUUUUGAUCCAAAUAAAUGAUGAUGAAUAAACAAAUUGAGUUGUAUCAUCUUAAUGAUGAGGAGAUGGAAUAUGAAUUGGCCUUGCGCCAUGUUACGAAUCUAGCCCCAUGCUCUAGAAGAGCUAGGGUGGUCAAGUUAAAAGCCCUUGUCCAAGAGGACACCCUUAGAGACACCAUUUAUGUUAAUUCGGAACACGUAAUGUCGCCGGAGUUGAACAUCGAGGUCUGCCAGAGGGCAGUUGUUGAAUUGAGGAAUCAGGUCGAUUUAGCUACCCAGAAUAGAAACGCCGAUCAAAUGGCUUGCGCGAAAUCGAGAUUGCUUCAUUACCGGCAAAGAUUAUCACUGAUUCCAGUGGUCGCGAGUUUAGAGGAAACGCGUAGGGUCGUGUGUGAGCUUGUAGAGACGCUACUAGCUCAGAUAGAGUGCGUGAACAGUGCAGUCAAUAUGGUGCUAAGUGAAACAGAAAACACUAGCCUUUCAACUAGUGUCCCAACCAUCCAGGCAGAGAACAGUAGCAGUAGGGAUGCCUGCGAUGCGUUGACGAUUCCACCGAGGCCACAAGCAGCCGGAAAUGAUGAAGGAGCACGAGCACGGAUGCAAGAAGCGGAUGUCGAGCCGUCUUCUCUUCCAUUCCAAGGAGGCAGACAAGGACAGAGGGACUCGGAGGAAGUAAUCAUCCGGAGGUCGGGUAGUUCGGCUGGUCUGGCUGCUGUGAACGUUCUGGACGAACUGCGGUUCGACAUUCAACAACGACAAAGGAGGCAGCAGCAGUUGAACGACAGCUUUACAAACCGAAGUGGUAGCAACUACGACAGGCGGAUGCAGAAGGCGAUUCACAAUUGGCCUUUCAAGUUCCGAGGCGAAAAGGACACCACGUCCCUCAACAUUUUCUUGGACCGGGUGGAGACGUUUGCCAGAUCAGAGGGAAUCAACGAUCAGACACUUCUGGCUUCUAUCAAGCACCUGUUGCUUGAAGACGCCCUCGACUGGUACUCAAGAGCACUUGCCCAACGUCGCCUGUAUUCCUGGCAAGCAUUCAAGCAAGAAAUUCGACGGGAAUUCCUGCCUAGCGGGUAUGCUCAGAUCCUGAGGUUGGAAGCCAGCUUCCGUUUUCAAGGCGCCAACGAAACGUUCGAUAAGUUUUUCCGUGACAUUUCUACACUAUUCCGCUUCAUCGAUCCACCACUUACGGAAGAGGAGAAGUUGUUCAUAGUCAAGAAAAAUAUGAACAUGGACUAUGCAACAAUCGUAACAGCCGCUCAACCAAAGACACUGAUGGACCUGGUCAACGUCUGCAGCAACUUCGACGAAACAAGGCUAUUGCUGAACCAGCAGCGCAGAAUUCCAAUUCCGCACAACCACUUACUAGAACCGAACUUCGCAACACCAGCAACAACAAGUCGGUCUCAGCAACACCAGCAGCAGCGUUUCGGGAGAUUGCAAGCAGUGGAGGCGGACGAGCAGUUGUACGGAGCCACAUCAUACUCAGCACCAUCGCAUCGGCUUCCAAUACAACAGCCACGCCUCAACAGAGUACAUGCGGUGGAGAACGAGGCCCAGCAAGGUGCGGCUUCAACGUCAGCUAUUCAAACUGAAGCAGAUCUAGUGGAUCCAGAAGAUGCAAACGGUUUGCAAGGAGACUUCAACCAGCUGUACGAGCAAGUUUGUGCCAUGAAGCUUCAACUGGAGCGCAGAUCGUAUCGUUUCAAUACAGGACCACAGCAGCAACACUCUCAACAACGACCGGAACAGCGUCAGCAACCGCCUACAAUUUCAGCAGCUCAGAACAAUUUGGUGAAUCGGCAAGGCAGUCAAGCGGAGAACUAUCGAAUACAACAUCCGUUGCAACAGCAAGCUAAAGGGGCUCCGCGACAGCAGCCUCAACAGCAGCAGCUUCAACAACAGCAGCAGCCUCAACAGCAGCAGCUUCAACAACAGCAGCCUCAACGGCAAUUCCAACAGCACUAUCAACCACAGCUCCAGAACCAGCAGCUUCAGCAAGCAGGCAGCAACAUGUACGAUUUAGAUCCUGUUCAGCAUACAGCGUACCGCCCAGCGCUUUGCUGGAACUGCGAUGAGGAGGGGCAUAGGUUUCCGGAUUGCACGAAGGCACAGGCAAUUCUCUUUUGCUACAGAUGCGGUCGAAAAGGUUACACGUUACGCAGCUGUCUUGUUUGUAACAGCGAAGCGGAAAACGCCGCAGCGAGGAAGUGGUAGAUGGAGGG